GACGCGACGGCGCCGAACUCCACGGCGCCGAGCUCCACGGCGUCGCUCGUGGCGCAGGCGGCGCCGAACCUGACGGAGAGGCCCGAGACGUUCACCCACAGCUCCCGCAAGGACGUAGCGAGCCAGGGCGUGCUGGACCUGAUGGACAUGAUCGCCGAGGGCAUCCACAAGGAGCAGGAGGCCGUGGACGCCACGGAGCGGGAGGCGGCCAGCAGCUUUCGCCGUGAUGGCGAAGGAGAGACCCAGGAGAACGAGGACCACAUGUGGCAGGAGAUCACCGAGUGGGUCAAGCUUAAGGCCAAGCUGUCGGUGCGCGUCAACAUCGACAAGGACACGAAGACCCAGCGCACAGAGAACUUCGAGUCGAUCCAGGGCCAGAUCUCCACCCUGCACGAGGAGUGCGACGAUCUACUUUCCAAGUUCGACCAGAGGGUCAAACGCAGGGACUUCGAGCUGAGCCAGCUGAAGGACGUUCUGGACAUCCUGGCGGGCUCCUCCGUCGCGCCGCGGACAGGUCUCGCGCAGCAGCAGACCACCCUGAUGAGCAAGCGCGAGCUGGCCCUCCUGAGCGGGCUCACCAACGAGGCGGCCUGA